CGACAAGAAAUAGAUUUGACACAUUAUAACUUCCUUAUUCCAAACUUGUAACGACAACUGAAAGUAGAAGAAAACAUGAGCUUCACGGUUAUUUUCCUACUUGUCUGCGCCACCGUGGGUAUGGUAGAGCCACAUGGAUACCUUAAAGACCCACCAGCAAGAGGCACCAUGUGGAGGCAAGGCUGGGAUACACCUGAAAAUUACAAUGACAAUCAAUUGUUCUGUGGAGGAAAGCAGCACCAACAUCUGACCAACGGAGGUAAAUGUGGUGUUUGUGGUGACCCGUAUGAGAUGCCACAACCACGUGACAACGAAGGAGGUGGCAAAUAUUCCAGCGGUGUCAUUUCAAAAUGUUACAAGAAAACAUCAUCAUUCAUUGAGGUGAAAGUGCAACUAACAGCCAAUCAUCUUGGAUACUUUGAAUUCCGAUUAUGUGAACAUAACGACCCCUUCACACCUGUUACUCAAGAAUGUCUCGACGAGCACGUUUUGACAUUACACAAUGGAGGAGGCACUAGGUACUACGUUGCACCUGAAAAUGGAGAAUACACAGUGGAGUUGCUAUUACCUGAAGAUAUUCAGUGCAAUCAAUGCGUUCUUCAGUGGAAAUACAAUACAGGUAAUUCUUGGGGAUGUGAAGGUGAACUCUGUGGUCUCGGAUAUGGAGACCAGGAACAGUUUUAUGGUUGUUCAGAUAUCUCUGUCCUGGAAAGCUGUGAGAAUUUUGAUCAUUAUCAAUAUCUUAACAAGCCUUCCACUUCCUCAACAACCACUACACCUACUCCUUCAACCACCACAAAGUCUACUCCAUCAGUCACCACUACACCUACUCCUUCAACCACCACAAAGUCAACUCCAUCAGUCACCACUACACCUACUCCUUCAACCACCAGAAAGUCUACUCCAUCAGUCACCACUACGUCUACUCCUUCAACCACCACAAAGUCUACAAAUGAAUUAACUUCCACAACCAAAUCCUCAACAACAAAAACAACCACACGAUUGACUCCAACCUCUACUGCUUCAACAUUGACAACUGCGUCGUCUGCCUAUGGAGAAUGUUAUCCUAAACCUGAGUUUGAAGUUGAAAAAGACGCUUUUGAUGAAAUAUGCAAGUUAGGUUGUUCAAAAGGGUUGUGUUUGUCAUACUAUUGUGAAUGUAAAAAACAACAGUCCACGACAAAGUCUUCAACAUUAAUGACCAUUAUUUCAUCAUCUGUAAUACCUUCAUCAUCAUCAUCAUCAUCAUCACCAUCGUUAUCGUCAACAUCAACAACAAAAUCAACAACAACAACAUUAUCACCAACAACAACUCAGUCAUCACAAAAAUGUCAGUAUGUAAAAGUGACGGAUCUCUAUCAAGGCGUCGCUGGUAUGUUAGACUGGUGUGUUCAGCAAUGCCUCAUUAACAUAUGUCCAAGUUCUCAUUGUAUAUGUUAAGUAAAUUUUUUUGAUAUCUUUUGAAGCUAAGAGUUUUAUUGGUUUUGUAAUUUGUCUCAAUUUUUUUUCUCAUUUUUUAAGAAUCAUUAUUUAUGUUAUUAUUGUUCCUCCAUGUAUUGAAAUAAUGCCGAAAAAGUGAGGGGGGGGGGGUUGUUUUUUUUUUAUGCAUGAUUCAUGAUAUUGCUAGUCAUCAUACUCCAAUGUACUAUAAACAUGCAGUGAGAAUAUAGAACUUUUAUCAGUGCAGUUCUAUGAACAAAUUUAUUUCUUGUAGUCCUAGAACCACAAAAUAUAUAAAUCAAAGACCAUGUUUUCUAGUAUACAUGUAUAUAUCAAUUUACACAUAUAUCACUAAAAUCUAUUCAUGCAUGUACCUUAAACAAAUGGAAGAAAUCCUGCCAUAGUGAGAUUAUAUGUUAUUUUAUAAUAAGAAACCCCAUGUUUGACUUUCUUUGUGUUUAAUAAAAGGGGGGCACCAUGAUGUUGUUUAUACAUGAAAAAAUGUUGUUAUUUGAAUAAAAAUGUUUUUUUAAAUAAA